AUGUGGUUCUCGUGGGGAAAGGAUAAGAAAGACAAUUGUCAUUGUGACAAGCAUGAGAAGUGUGAUAUGAAGAAGUGUGACAUGAAGAAGUGUGAUGACAAGAAGUGCGACAUGAAGAAAGAUGACGGAAAGCCAAAGCCUUGCUGUGUGUGUCUUGAUGAGAAGGAUGCUCGGGAUAAGUGCAUAUUGUUGAAGGGUAACGAGUCUCCAGACUGCGAGGAGUUGGUUGCUAAGUACAAGAAGUGCAUGGCUGGUUAUGGAUUUAAGAUUUAG